AUGAAGGUCGCUAUUGCUGGCGGCGCUGGGGAGACCGGUAACUGCAUUGUUGAUGCUCUCCUCCAGUCUAACAUCCCGGAACUGGUUAUUACCGCCCUAAUCCGCCCUGCUUCCCUUGAAAAGCCUGAGGUUGAGAAUAUCAGGGAAAAGGGUGUCAAGACUGUUGCUGCCGACCUGGCUGGCCCUGAAGACGAACUUGUGAAUGUUCUUAGUGGCACGGAUGUCUUGAUUUCGGCCAUCUCUGUGCCCGGACUACCGGACCAAAUCCACCUUGCAAAUGCGGCCAAAUUAGCAGGAGUGAAGCGGUUUGUUCCCUGUUUUUUCGCUACAGUUGCACCUGCCAAGGGCGUCAUGGCUAUUCGAUACUUGAAAGAGGAAACCCUGUUACACGUGAAGAAAAUUCAUCUUCCUUACACUGUCAUCGAUGUUGGCUGGUGGUAUCAGCUCAGCCUUCCUCGCCUUCCCUCCGGAAACAUCGACUAUGCUGUAACCAUGCCGGUAGAAUAUAUCGCUGGAGACGGAAAUACUCCUUCCGCCCUCACAGAUAUGAGGGACGUUGGUAAUUAUACUGCACGCAUCAUACAGGACCCAAGGACUUUAAACAAAAUGGUUUUUGCGUAUGGCGACGUUCUCUCACAGAACCAGGUCUUUAAACUGUUGGAGGACCUUAGUGAAGAGAAGCUUGAGCGACGCUACAGGUCUGCGGAAGACCUGAAAGUUGCCAUUUCGAAGCCGCUGCCUGAAGACUGGUUUUACAAUGCUAUCGAUCAUCGGGAGACUAUUGUAUCUCAGUAUUGGAGUUCUAUGGGUGUUCGCGGAGACAAUACGCCAGAAAUUGCUGAGUUUCUCGGAUACCUUGAUUGUAAGAAACUAUACCCAGAUUUCGAGGCAAUCACGUUCGAGGCAUGCUGCAAAGAAAUCCUCGAAGGGAAGGCUGCCGGGCCAUAUGCGAAUAGGUGGUAG